AUGGUAUUCGGUUUCUUCGCCCGCAAGGCACAGCCGCCACCAGAGACGGUCCCCCUCCCGCCCUCCCCCACCGCAUCCACAUCCGUUAAUGUGAACCCCUCACCACCCUCCAAGGUAGAGAAGAAUGUUCAGCUCCGCACACCCUCGCCAUCUGUUGAGUCUGCCUCGGUCGCAAAGGUGCGCUCCGCGUCCCCAAGCACAAAGAUUGCCCGGCUCUCCAUCGAAGAGCGCCAGGCCUCCCCCACCCGUCGAGGCUCCCUUCCAGGACCAAACCCUUUCACCGCGAUCGCGCCCAACCCCGCCUUCGUGCCUCCCGAGCCGACCGUCGAGUCCCUCACCACGCACAUCGCCGCGAUCCCACCCAAGGUCCUGCACGCGUACGUCCUCGCGCGCAUCCCCAACGUCCCCGAAGACACACUCCCCACCCUCGCCGCGCUCUUCGCUGAGCUCGCGCCCCCGCCGAAGGUGCACUGCGUGCGGUGCCACAAGGACUACGUCGAGGUCGAGAACGACGACCGCAGCUGCCUCGUGCCGCACGACGACGAGAGCGCGGAGGUCGAGCGCGUCGGGACCGCCAGGCGCGCGGGCCGCGUCCCUGGCACGGUCGGGGCGACCUUCGAGACGCUGUGGGGCUGCUGCGGGAAGGUCGUCGAGGGCGACGGCGACCAGGGCCCGCCCGACGGGUGGUGCUACGAGGGCAUGCAUACGACGGACAUCAAGCGUGCGCGGUUCCGCGCGGACUCGACGCCGCACGACGAUAGGCUCGUCUCGUGCCUCCGCCUGAACUGCCACGGGAUCCGCGCGACGAUGCCGCGCGGGGCGCGCUCGGUGCGCAAGCGGCCCCGCAGCGUGAACCUCAAGGAAGCGAGCACGGAGGAGGACGAGAGCGAGGGCGAACCCGACAGCGGCGUGGACGAGAUCGUCGGCAAGACCGCGAGCGCGUCUGGCCGCGGCCGGCCCAAGGGCUCGAAGAACAAAGACAAGGGCAAGGGCAAGGGCAAAGCGCGGGCGACCGCGGCGGACGCGGACGAGGACGAGGACGAACACGACCAGAUGGACGUGGACGAGCCGCAGGCGGAGAGCGCGAGCGUCGCGGGCAGCGUGCGGGGCCGCGGACGGCCCCCGAAGUCCAAGACGCAGCCCCCGGGCAGCGCGGCGAAGCGGCGCGCGCGCGUCAUGGACCCGAGGGUCGUCCCCGGCACGGAUGGCGAGGAUGACGACGACGUGCAGUCCGUGCGGUCUGCGCCGACGGCCGAGGCGCAGAAGCGGCGGGGGCGCGCGCCGAAGAGCAAGGCGACGAUCUCGGACUCGGAUCGCGAGGCGGAAGGGCAUCCGCAUACGCCGGCGAAGAGGGUCAGCGCGGGGAAGCCGCGGACGCGCUCGCUCAGCCGGACGCGGGGCGGGGACGCGAGCGACGCGAGCAUGGGCGCGAGGCCGAAGUCGAAGGCGAGGGCGAGGAAGGUGAAGGAGGCGAACGCGCGGGACGACGCGGAGGCGGCGGAUGGGGACGACGAGAAACCGAAGAAGAGGAGAAGGGUCGUCGACUCUUGA